AUGGACUACGCUAUUUUCCCCAUCCCGGCAUCCAUUCGGCGUCGACUACCCCGCCUAUACUCUGCCCGAGCCGUCCCCGAGACCACCGAAUCGAGCGGGGAUCAGCACCGUGGACUUGCAUCUUCGUCGGAACCUCAUCUGCUAUGUCAAAGCCAAUUGUCUGCGUCAGUAGUACCUGAGCUCCAAGGGCCUUCCAUGGCCAGCGAUGACUUGGAUUUGUUCGACCCUGGCCCCGUGGGGUCAGAUAGUCCCCGAGAGGACAUGGGGUCCCCGACAAAAUACGAAACCACAUCGGGGCUGCGGUGGAAUCGAGUCGUACCCGCGUUCAAUCUUCUCCGAAAUGCGGGGUAUGAAGCCCAGCAGCCGCAGGCUGAUGGCCGUCUGGCUCGAUCUCUCUACUUUAACGCUCUCAUUUACCUUCUCGAUGCUUUACCUUCCGACCUGACCAAUGAGGAGACCUCCAUGCUUCAGCACCAUAUCCCCGAGCCGGUGAAAGUCGAGUUAACAACAUACUCCCAGCCGUCCGGGUAUAUGGAAGGUGCGAAUCAUACAAUAUGCCCUCCGCCAAGAUCAUAUCUGCAUAAAUUUCUUGCCUCAAUGAUCUUGCAGUUGUUCAUUCUAUUGCGGUUCCUUCUACCAUAUGCAAAGGUGCUAUUGCGCCAAAUAUAUGAGUAUGACCGGACACAUCGCAUCACUCGGCGUAUCAUGACCAUCACACUGGAGGCAGCUGACGGGUUGGGGAAAGGCGGUGUUAAUAUCGGAGCUGCUGUUAGCAAGUUCAACGAAGGGCGGAUUGGCGCUGCUCUCACUAAUUUCGCGGUUUGGUGGAUGGAAGGUGUAGCUGGAGGCAUAUAUGAGGGGGUUGGUGAGGGGAUGAUACAUUUGGGUCUCUUGGGAAAAGAAGCGGAUUUGGAUAGACUUCCUUUAGAGCCGAUGAUGAUUUGCAGCGAUGUCGAGAACACUCUAGGCCGUGAUAGCAUCGAAAACGAUGUGUGGAAUGUUGGCACUGAUGAUGGCAAACUAUGA